AUGUUUUUUUCAUUAAAAAAAGUAACUAUUUUUUUUUUUUGUUUUUUUAUAAAUAUAGUAAAUUUUUAUAACUCGGCUAAUUUAGAUAAUAAUUUACUUUCAGAUGCAAUAGCAGCUAGCUUAGCAGAAGGAGUGCAGGGAAAUGGGACAAAUAUGCACACCUGUGAGGCAGCUGGAUGUUCUUCAUAUAAAAAUAUAAUAAAAGAUAAUUCUGACGAUUGCUUAUUUGGUUUUAUAUGCAAAAAAUGCAAAAAGACACAUGCAAAAAGUCAAGAUAUAUGUUUUUAUUCCUCUCUAGAAGGAUAUGAAAAUCUAUAUGAAGGAUUGCUAGAAGAUUUUAGUCAAACUACAUAUGACACAUUUAAAAUUCCUUUAGAUAAAAAAGUUGACAAUAUAUCAACAAAACAUGAAAAUAAACAAACAAGUGAUAAUAAGGAAAAAGAAGAAAAAGAAGAAGAAGAAGAUGAAGAAGAUGAAAAAAAAGACAAUUCAAAAAAAAAUAAAAAAGAAAAAUCUAAUUCUACAAAAAAGGAAGACGAAGAAGGCACAGAAGAUGAAGAAGAAGUGGAAGAAGAAGAAGAAGAAGAAGAAGAUGAAUCAGAUAAAAAAAAAAAUGGAAGUUAUUCAAAAAAUAAUGAUAAAGAAUCUUUUUUAGAGCAAUCAGCUAAGAAUAUAUAUUAUAACUCAACAGUAUUUGAAAAAAAAAAUAUGUUAUUUAACAAAACUCAAUUCAAAAAAAAAUUUUUAACUUGUUCUAAAUCAUUAGAACCAGAUGAUGAAUAUAAUAUUAAAGAGAGAACAGAUUAUUCCUAUUUAGAAAAAAAUACAGAAGAAAAAAAAAUAAUAUAUAGAAGAUUAAAAAUUAAUAUUAAUAAAUAUGAAGAAUAUUUGAAAAAUAAGUUAAGUAAAUGUGAUGUUUCCGAUGAUGGAAUGUCAUCAAUUUAUAUUAAGUUAAUAUUGCAAAUAGUUAAAGAUAAAAAUGAUAUUUAUACAGAUAUUUCUAAAAAGAGCAUUUUAAGUAAUGGAGAAAGGUCAAAUUAUCAUUCAAGAAGUGGAGAUGAUACUGACAUUGAUGAAAAUGAAAACGAUGAUGAUCAAGAAGAAAAUGAAUCUGAUGAAGAAGAAAGAGGUAGUGUAUAUAAAAAAAAAAAAGAAAAUCAGAAAAAUGAAAAACUUCAUUUUGAUUACGAUGAAAAUAAUACGAAUAACUCUAAAUAUAAUUCCAAUAACGAAACAAAAUAUAAUAAUUCUUCUAAUGAUAGUAUCUCAUAUGAGAAUAAUCAAAUUGCAGAACCUAUCUAUAUGGAAAAAAAUAACUCACAAACGAAUCAAAGUUUUGAUUAUGAUUAUCAUAACCUACAAUCGAAUAAAAGUUAUUCCGAUCCAAAUUUAAUGCAGUACUCUUAUAUUGAUUUACAUAAUUUAAAAAGAGAAAAUAAUAAUAUUUCUACUAAUAAAAAUAAGUUAAAUUAUAUAAACAACUACUUUAUAGUAGAAAAAAACGAUACACAUAAAGAAUCUAAUAACGAACUAUAUGAUCCAGUUGAAAUUAUAAAAAAAGAAAAAAUGAAUAAUACUUUGAUAAAUAAUUUUCAUAAUAAUAAGGAGUAUGCUUUUUAUCAAUAUAAAAUUGGUGAAGAUUUAGGAGGUGACUCAAUGGAGAAUUAUUACAAAUCAAAAAACGGCUUUUUUAAAUCUAUAUUUCAAAAAGUUUUUAAAAAAAAAAAUUCUGAUGAUGAAGGUGAUGAUUAUGAUGAAGAAUCAGAUGGAAAAAAAAAAAGAGGGUUUUUCUCAAAAAAAAAAAAAAAAAAAAAAAAAGAUGAGGACAUUGAUAAUGAUGAAAUCAUUAAUAAUGAAGAUGAAGAUGGCGAUGAAGAUGACAAUGAAUCUUCUUAUUCUGGUAAAGGAGAAAGUAAAGGAAAAAGUCAAAAUAAAAAAAAAAAAAAAAAAAGUCUUUUUUCAAAAUUUAAAAGUAAAUAUUUCAAAAAAAAGCAAAAACUACAUAUAGAGGCCUAUUUUAAUAAUAUUAUUGUGAAAACAUGUAAAAAUUCUUUAAAAUGGAAAGGAAAAAUGUUCAGAAAACAUUCAUUAAUUGAAAUGACUUUAAAAGUUCCUGUUAAAAUGAAAUAUAUAAAAAAUGAGCCAUUAAAUUUUUUUAGAUCAGGUUAUGAAGUCAUAAUUACAUGUAAAAAUUGUGAUGAAGUGCUAUUUAAUUCUUGUGUUCAAGUAUAUUGUACAAAAAAAAAUAGCAAACUUGGUAGUAGCAUAUCUAAUGCUACAUCUAAUUCAUCAAAUUUAAAUACAAUGGGCACAGUAGCUUUUACACCAAUUCAACUGUAUAAUUAUGGUAGUCAAAAUCCUGCAGAUUUGUAUUUUAUGCCACCAGCUUAUUAUAGCAGUCAUAAAAACAUUUAUAUUAAAUAUUCAAUUGUAAUACUCUUGAUGUUUAUCAAUUUAGUAAUAUGA